CAGACCUUCCCGCUCCCGACCCCGCCCGCCCCCGAGAGGCGUGGUCAAGGCGGGGCCAGAAGGCGGACGCGUGCACGGAGCGGUAAGGCGCAGGCGCAAAGCUUCGGUGACGACAGAGAGGCGCGCUCCCAGCUCGGAGCCGACUCGCAGACGCGCCCCGCCCCUCGGCGUCGCUCUGGACUGGCGCAGGCGCAAGCCGGCAAGAUGGCGGCGGCUGGGGCUGGCCGUCUGAGGCGGGCGGCAUCGGCUCUGCUGCUGCGGAGCCCCCGCCUGCCCGCCCGGGAGCUGUCGGCCCCGGCCCGACUCUAUCACAAGAAGGUUGUUGAUCAUUAUGAAAAUCCUAGAAACGUGGGGUCCCUUGACAAGACAUCUAAAAAUGUUGGAACUGGACUGGUGGGGGCUCCAGCAUGUGGUGACGUAAUGAAAUUACAGAUUCAAGUGGAUGAAAAGGGGAAGAUUGUGGAUGCUAGGUUUAAAACAUUUGGCUGUGGUUCCGCAAUUGCCUCCAGCUCAUUAGCCACUGAAUGGGUGAAAGGAAAGACGGUGGAGGAAGCCUUGACUAUCAAAAACACAGAUAUCGCCAAGGAGCUCUGCCUUCCUCCCGUGAAACUGCACUGCUCCAAAUCUGUGCUGUUUCCAGCAGAGGAGAAAACUCAGCUUUCGCCAUAAUCCUGUUUCCUGUGUAUUUCUUCACUUCCUGUCUGGAUGGAAUUCCUGUCGGGGUCUGCAUCUGUAUAUAUGGAACAACUAAGCCCAGUUGUACAAUGUCCCCCUCCCUGCUAUCCUAAAAAAAAGCCCAGAUGCCUUAAGACUUGUACUUGGCUUUCCAGUUUGGUCUCUGUAUUAAAUCUAAUGCUUUUUCCAUCAUUUCUUAACCUUCUCAGGGAAAGAAGGAAUGAGAAACAUUAGCCUUAAUGCAUCGAUGGAGGUUUACUAACCAAAUUAGUUAAAAAUCAGCAGAGAGUCAGGCCUCUUGCCAAGGUAAUACUCACAGCAGAAGAGCCAGGUGCCGGGGCAGACACACUAACUCAUUCUUCAGGAAGCCUGGUCAGACCUAAGUUCUUUCCACUUGAUCUGGAAUUUUAAGUACCCAUAAAGAAAGGUCAUCACUUGUAAACAUUUUCACAUGGUUUCAGGAAAUCCCCAGCCCUUUUAUUAGGCCUUUUUAGGUACUGAAACCUUUAGCUGAUGUUCUCUGUUAUUUGCUUGCUUUCUGCUGUCACUCCAGCUCUCUGUUUUUAUUUUCCCCAUAGCCUCACUUUGAAUAUUGACUCCUAAAUAAAAGUGGUCAAACUCUCGAUCACUAGAGGGUGAUGUGGCAAAUGCCAUCCCAUCAACAGAUUGACAUGAUCUUUUUUCCAAAGGGCAUGUCAACUUUUUUAUCAUGACAAGAUUUUGUCCAAAGCUAGACUUUGAUGGGAGCAGGCAAGAAGUAACAUUUCCUGUGUCCCUACUAUGUGUCAGACAUCUUCUGUAAGUCCCCACACUAUCCUGGCAAGAAAAGCAUGAUUAUCCCAGUUCUAUAGAAAAGAAAGUAGGGUCAAAGAGGCUAAGGAACUAGCCUGGGAUCACAGAUUUUUAACCCUAGUCUGUCUCCAGGAUCACCCGCAGGAGUAACUCAGCUCAGGAAGCAGCUGCUGACGUGCCCGGCAACUCCUCACCCCAGCUUUCUGGCUUGGUUACUCCAUUAGUCCCCACCAGCACCACUUCCUCCCAGCUCUUAAAGAUUCUAUUCCCAAGUCCAUUUCUUUCACAUCUAGAAACUUAGGCUUCUUUCCUUCCAUUACUUCCAGUGCUGGCUGAAGAUGCAAUCAAGGCCGCCCUGGCUGAUUACAAAUUGAAACAAGAACCCAAAAAAGGAGAGGCAGAGAAGAAAUGAGCCCUCCCUCGGCGAAGCCUCCAGCAGGCCACACCAGCUGUUUCCCACCUGCUGUGCAGUCACCUUAGAUGUUCAGAAGCCGCUUCCUCUCCACUGAAGAGCUAUGAGAUACGCACAAUACUUGCUGUUCACGUUAUGACUCUCAUGCAAGCAAAAUACACAGUUUCAUUGUUCUGAAUCCUGUGGUUUCUUUCAGCCCACUUUUAUCGCCUUAACCUAGUUAAUGUGUAUUUUGAAUUGUGUGUAUGACCUCAGAACUGAAAUUGAUAAUGAAGUUGCAAGUUUUGAUAGCCCGUGAAGUGCAUAAGUAUCUAAUUUUACCUGAAUUGAUUUGGGGGGAAAUUACCAGUAGAAUGCCUUGGUCUGAAUAUUUGAUAGAACCAAUUGUUGUACAUAAAACAGAUCUGCGCAUAUAUAUAUAUAUAUAUAUAUGUAUAAAAAAUAAUAAAAUAAUGGAAGAUGA